GACAGUGAGAGAGAGACCCAGACACAGACAGACAGAGAGAGAGAGAGGAUGGCUGGUGGGAUUUAGCCUCGCAGCGUCUUCUCCAACACAACAAGCUUAUUACCUUUCUCUCCACGCGCCUGGAAACGGAUUUACGCGCACGAACGGAGGAGUUUGGAGGACUAGUAGGAUGCUGAGUAUUUUUCCUCCUUGCCACUGUUCUCCACCCUGCUCUCCAUGACCUGAGAGCACCACCACAGCGGGAGGAACGACACACCAGAGAGAGAGAGAGAGAGAGAGAGAGAGAGAGAGAGGAAGAGGAGGGCAGGGAAGGAAGGAAGGAACACACUUUUUUGUUGUUAUUGUUUGUUUUCCCUUUCUGAAAUGGCGGCGACGGAGGCCAGCGCUGCACCAGUGGUCCAGGAAGAUGGAAAAACCCCUGAGAGCAAGCCAGAGGCGGAGCAACCAGCUAAAAAUGCCAACUCAAAUUCAGAGACUGUCAACAGUGAGGUCGUCGAUAAAGAUGGCACUGCUGUCAACAGUGAAGUGGUUGAUAACAAAGAGACUGUGAAUAACGACACAGCGGCGGCUGUAGGAACCGAGGACGAAGGCGCAGCAGCAAGCGGGGAGGUGGCACCUCCUCAGAGCUCAGAAAAUACCUCUUCUGCUGAGCCCAAGACUUCGUUCCUGGACUCAUUCCUCAACAAGAGCGGCCUGGGGAAGGUGAUGGGAGGAAGGAAGAAGAAAGAGCAGAGCGCCGCCGCAGGAGGAGGAGAGGAGAACACAACUGAUGGAGGGGAGAAAGAGGGAGAGAAAGGAGAGGAGGCUGCAGCAGCUGAGGGAGGAGCAGAGGGAGGUGCAGAAGGAGAGGCAAUAGAGAAACCUCCGGAAAAUGGAGAGAAGGAGGAGGAGAAGAAAACAGAGAAGGGCAAACCGGUGGAAGCUAAAUCCACGGUUCGAGAUCUGAUCAGGAAACCAGUGGCAAGGAUCUUCUCUCAUCGCAGCACCGAGAAGAAGGACGGAGCUGGCACAGAACCCCUGAAACAAGUCAAGGUCCGGUCCAAGUCCCUGGACCGGCUGGAAGAUCCUGAAGCACUUAACGCUGCAGACUCCACCAUAGAGGAGGGAGGAGCAGGAGGAGAGGAGGGAGGUGCAGAGGGAGAACAGAAAGCCUCAUCCUCAGCAGCCACCAAGCACAUGAAGCGUUGGCACUCCUUCAAAAAGCUCAUGGCUCAGAAGGCGCACAAGAAGAGUGGGGGAGGAGGAGAGGAUGGUAAGGAGGAGGGAGCAGAGGGAGGAGAAGGAGGCGGUGGAGACUCCUCCACGCUGGACUCCAAGGAGUCAGGCCAGAAGAAGUGGAAGCUGAAACGCUCCUGGACCUUCCAGGGCCUGAAGAGGGACCCGUCAAUGGUUGGCAUCAGCGGCAAGGCCAAGAGCUCCGACAAAGACUCUGCUGACAACGCGAAACCAGAGGAGACAACAGCAGCAGGAGGAGAUGAGGGAGGAGAGGAGGCUAAGGCAGAGGGAGGAGCGGAGGAGGCCAAGGCAGAGGGAGGCGAGGAGAAGGAGAAGGAGAAGGCAGAGGGAGGCGAGGAGGAGAAGGCAGCGACAGCAGGAGGUGGGACAGUCACGCAACAUGCCAACGAGAUUUGGACAUCUUUCAAGAAGCGCGUUAUCCCCAAGUCCAAACGGGCCAACACAGAAUGCGCCCCCACAGGGGAGGAGGACGCAACUGCAGCUGCUGCUUCAGGUGAGGAAGGAGCAGCAGAGGAGGGCAAAGACAGCAAAGACGGAAAGUCAGCCAAGGCCAAACGCUCACAUUUUGGCCGUGCAGUUUCCCUGAAGAACUUCAUCCUGCGAAAGGGCAAAUCGACCAGCGUGGACCUGGGCGAGGGCACAAAGGAGGAGGAGGCUGCAGAGGGAGGAGAGGGUGGAGAGGCAACAGAGGAAGGAGGCGCUGACAGUGAGGCUGCCACAGCGACCGAGGAGACCAAUGACAAAGGUGCAGCGUCUGAGAAAACGCCGGCAGAGGAGAGCGGAGGGGAGGCGGAGAAGACGCCGACUGAGGCUCCAGUGACCAACGGGGAGAACGGCUGCUCCAACGGCACGGUGGAGGAGAAUGCCACACACAAUCACCAGGAGGAGGAGGAGGAGGAGGAGAAGACGACGGGGAGCAGCCCUGUGAAGAAGAGCAAGGAGGCAGGAGGAGUAAAAGAGGAGGUCAACGCCAAGAUCAUCAACGCCACGGCGGCUGCGAACAGCGACAAAAAGGCGGGAAACGUGUGAGGCCACACAAAGAGGAUUAGAACUGCCCGGGAUUCGCUGAGCAAGGAGCUCUGAGCCCCGCCCCCACCCCCACCUCCUUCUUCCUCUCUCCCUUCAUCCCUCCUCCUUCCUCCUCCUCUCUCCCCUCAUCCCUCCUCCUUCCUCCUCCUCUCUCCCUUCGUCCCUCCCCCUUCCUCCUCCUCUCUCCCUUCAUCCCUCUUCCUCUCUCCCCUCAUCCCUCCUUCCUCCUCCUCUCUCCCUUCAUCCCUCCCCCUUCCUCCCGAAUAAGUGGAGUAAUCACGUGUUAACAGGUCACCAUGGUGAGAAAGAGAGAGAGAGAUUGAGAGAAUGAGAGAAAUGAUGCAAUUCAUAUAGAUGAGAAGUGAAAAUUAAUAAUUACUCAGAAAGCAAUAAUUCAAGCCCUUCUUUUCGUCCCCAUCCAUCCAUUCCUUCAUCCAUCCAUCCCCUCUGCCCAAUACAUACAAACAUGUACAUCCAGUGUUUUUACUUUGAUUUUUUCUUUGCUCGUCUGUGAGAUUUUAUAUUGUCUACGAGAGAAAAGAAAAAUGCAGAAAUGUAAAAAAUGAAACUCAGACAUUCCACGUCCCAGCCCCCGCAGCCCCGUCCUCCUCCAUGUCCAACAACUUAAACUCCGCUCUGUCUCUGCUGACUCCUGAUUGGUGGAUUUAAAGAACAAAAAAGAAAAAAAAAAGACAAUUAGUUUUAUAUUGAUGGUCAUUUUGGUUUGUAGUCCCCCCUCAGCCCUCAGUCCCCCGUCCCCGUCCACCCCAGUAGAUAUUGACAGUACAGCAGGACCAUGUUGCUACAGUAUAUAAACUGCCCUGAGGACUGCCACUUCCCAACCAACACUGCAAUGUCUUCAGCUCUGUGUGUUUAAUGUUUUUAGACUGUUAUAUUGUGUACAUGAAUUAAAAAAAGAAAAAAAGGAAAAGCACCAUCCAAUAUUCAAGUCAAAAUGUUUUUCUUUCCUGUUUGGUUUGAAUUCUCUUUUUCUUUCUUGUUUUAUUUUUUAAAUCUUCUCACUGUUACUGCAGUCUGACAAUAUGCUGUAAUUAAAACAUAAUAAUAAUGAUGAUGAUGUUUUGUUGGUCCAAGUUUUCACAUGUCCGCUAGAAAAUUGUCAAGAAAAAAAUAGUACAAUAAAGACUAAAAUCUAACAACUGAGCUGCGAGUCACUGUGUGUUCUCUGUUUGUAUCUGGGUGAUGAAGUGCUGCGUGCAGACGGUCGGGGGAGGGUGGGGGGGCGCAGGGACGGGGCGGGGCGUUGAGCUGGAGCCCCAUUGGUUGCUCAUUAAUCUGUGUAUCGAUAAUCUCAUCCUUUUAUGUAAUGGGCGGAAUAAUAUGAGAUUUCUUUGUAUUAAAGUAGAUCUGUAUGUAUUAUCCUGCAGCGGGCUGCUGGUGUUCCAUGUAGGCGGGCGGGGGCGUCCAUAUGCCGUCCACACCGUUACAUUUAUGUUUCACACAUUCACAUUAAACAUUUUAAUAAGUUUAGUUAAAAAAAUCUGUCUGAAAGUUGAAGCUGAUUAAAAGUGAACGUCGCUGUUCACGAGCUGUGAGCAGACGUUUCCUCUCCUUACAGAGUCCAGCCAACAAGUUUCCAGCAGUUUAUGACGGGAAUCACUUUUUGGUCCCUCAGACUAAUUUCACCCUGACACCCGGCAGGAUGAUGAUGGAUGACCACAUGAACGUCCAGCGUGUCUGAAAGUUUACUCUGCUGUCUGACAGAAAAUUCGCUGAGGUUUAAACUGUGGCGAUUUUCACAUCAGCCUUUUUGAGUGACAUACAGCUCCAUCAGAGACUGAUCUGAUCAGCUUCUGGUUCGAGCUGAGCAGAGGUCCCGUUAUUCAAAGCUGAAUAAAAUCCUGUUGGAUUGCAGGACUGUACAUGUUCUUCAUUCUCAUUCUGUCUGUCUGCUGUGCUCAGAGGUCAGAACCUUUUCCUCUUCUCUUUCCAUUCAAAGAACUCCAGGUGCACAAAGUGACGCUGUCUCUCUUUCACCAACAUAUUUGAGUUUUUGUAAGGUCAAAGGUCAAAAUCAGCCACAGGUUCGAGCAACAUUUGGUGACCCGUCGAUCG